GGUGAUGUCAUCGCAUUCCCUUUUGAGUCAAAAGGUGAACGCAUAUACAAAGAAGAGCACUGCAUCAAAAUGACUCCCGAAAAACAUAAAGAAAUUGAAACGUUUGUUGACAAGGUUACUGCUUUUCUUGCGAAACUAGCAGAGGAAUUUGACGAAUUUGACAUUAGACAUGUGAAUUUUGACAUUGAAGGUCUUGGUGACGAAGAGGAAGAAAAAGAGACUAUAUUGCAAGUUACUAUCAAUGAUUGCGCUACAAUAGCUGAAAAGGAGGCCGAAGAGGACCGAGAAGAACUGAAAUAUAAAGAACAGGUGAAGAAGGAACUGAUAGAAGAACAGAAAAAGGGAAACAAAAUUGAAGAAACACAUAAGGAAACGUCUGAACGAAAACUGAAUAAUUAUACAGCACUAAAGAAGCAAAAUUCUAAUAGUAACACAGUUGUUGCAAGCAAAGAACAAACUUCACAAGCAAAAACUAUUGAUUCUCAUAGUACUACACAAGUGCAAAAAGAUACAUACGGUUGCAGCAGUAACGGCCACGAAACCAUGCCCCAUGCAAAGCCUACAAUAGUGUAUUUAAAUUUGUCGGAAAACGGACAAGAAAUGUUGAACAUUUUGGAGAAAAAACGAGGGAAGAGACCUGUAGUAGUGGUCUUAGAGCAAGACAAUGGUAAGAGAAGAAUUCUUAUGCCUAGCAGAAGAUAAGCUACUUGUUUCUUCUUCUUCUUUUGCCUGUCCUUACCCCACGAAGCUACUUGUAUACUGAAGGCCACGAUCUGUAAAGACCCUGACAAGUAAUUUUAUUUGCUCAAAACAUGAACAUUGGUAUAUACCAAGCGGUUACCUAUCUGUAGUCCGAAAUGACAUUUUCCAGAAAUAACGUUUGGUCGAAAUUUCAUAACUUCGAAAGGGAUUUUGAGUGAAAAAUGUUUUUUCUUUAAAACCUAACUUAUCCUAACCUAACCGAACCUAAUCGUGUCUUUGGGAUAAACAAUAACAUAUCCUGAAAGAACAACUGUUUCGUUAUAAUUCGGUUUUCGGUGUAAUGAAAUGUUAUUUCGGACAAAAAAUUUUCGACUUUGAUAGGUUACCGUACCAAGCUCUAUAUUCACUCAUGUACUUAUAUUUUCUACUUGUUGGCAGAUAAUAAAUGAUAUUAUUAUUAUUGUAUUACUAUUAUAUUAUUACUACAUUAUUGGUGCCUAUAGUUCGAAUAGCGAUGGGACGGGUUACAUUUUUUUUUUCAACUCGAGUUGACUCGAUUCGGUGUAAGACAGAGCAAUCGCGAAUCGCGGUAGCGAGAACGAUGCGGCGUAUAUUCAUAAUAUUAUGAACUCGAACCGACGAUUCACUGAGUUAGGCAGGAUCGGCCUGCCGACGCGACUCGAGAGUGCUCCGAAGGUCUCCGAACCAUGGAAUUAAUAAGUACUUCGUACAACUGGAAAGCUCACUGCAAUUAUUUUGACAUAUCAAAAUGAACGUUAAAUGAAUAGCAAUAAAAUACUUUUUAAAUAACCAAUAUCUCCUUAGAGAUCUGAGCUCAAGUGAGACAUCUUCUUUCUUGGUGUGUCCCUUUCGCACAAUUGCCAUGUGAGAUAUUUGAUACAAUUAUAAGAUGUUUGUAAAUAAUACCAUACCAACUAUGAAUGCAAUAGGUCGCAAAUAAAUCAAAGUCUUUAUAUUAUUUCACGAUAUUUAAAUAUUAUUGGAAAGUUUUAUUUGUUUUACAUUAGGCAACACUAAAAUAAUAUGGCGUCAUCUCUGUUUGUUAGUCAGAAAGAGACGGACCAAGAUUUAUGACAUCUCGCUCGGCGCACGCUUCAAUACACAGUAAGCCUUCCAGUUGUACGAAGUACUUAUUAAUUCCAUGCUCCGAACCUACCGAGCGAGAACGAGCAGCCGAUGCGCUGUAUGAAAGAAGUAUUCGGCUUGGCGGGUCAAGUACCGAACCGAAAUAGCUUGAGUUUCUAAUAAA